AUGGUCUUGUCCGACACCGCACUAUUUGCCAAAUCGACAAGUUCCACUCUGACACCAAGGCAAAGUUCAGGGGAGCAAGUCUUCUCCUGCACCACAGCCUUCCUCCAUCUUUACUAUGGCCGCCGCUUCCUCGUCUCUCACCCCCGCUUCCCCCGCCCGCUCAGUGCGCUCUCUCUCUCCCCCUUGCUCUACUUGCAUAAUGCCACCUUGGCAGAGGAUGGCAAAGAGAGGACACACAGCUUCAGAAUCCCUCCAGACCCCACCAGCGGCAGCUGCUCAUGGGUUUACCACAGCAAACAAAGAGGCAGAAACAAACCAGCCACACUGUGCCACACACACCAGUGA